GUCCUGCGCUGAGCCAGGCCCCGGCCCCGGCCCCGGCCGACCGAUCCCCAGCGGCCAUGUCUUCCGACUUCGAAGGCUACGAGCAGGACUUCGCAGUGCUCACCGCGGAGAUCACCAGCAAGAUUUCCAGGGUCCCUCGGCUCCCUCCCGAUGAGAAGAAGCAAAUGGUUGCCAACGUGGAGAAACAGCUUGAAGAGGCCAGAGAAUUGCUUGAACAGAUGGAUUUGGAAGUCCGAGAAAUUCCACCUCAGAGUCGAGGGAUGUACAGCAACAGAAUGCGAAGCUACAAGCAAGAAAUGGGCAAGCUGGAAGCAGAGUUUAAAAGGUCACGGAUCGCCUACAGUGACGAAGUACGGAAUGAGCUCCUAGGGGAUGAUGGGAACUCCUCAGAGAACCAGUUGAUAAAAUUCCGUGAAGAGAGGGCACAUCUGCUGGAUAACACGGAGAGGCUGGAAAGGUCAUCGCGGAGACUAGAGGCUGGGUACCAGAUAGCAGUGGAAACCGAGCAAAUCGGCCAAGAGAUGUUAGAAAACCUGAGUCAUGACAGAGAAAAGAUACAGCGAGCACGUGAACGACUUCGGGAGACAGAUGCAAACUUGGGGAAAAGCUCCAGGAUCCUGACGGGGAUGUUGCGAAGAAUCAUCCAAAACCGCAUCCUGCUAGUCAUCCUGGGGAUCAUCGUGGUCAUCACCAUCCUGACGGCCAUCACUUUGUUUGUCAAAGGACACUGAUGCAUCUGCUCUCCCCUGAUAAACAGUGAUCUUGUCUUGUUCUGAGUAAUUAAGACUAAACGGUCACAAGAACCAUUGUGGUGUGCUGACAGGCCCCGGGGGGGCCCUCUGUCUCUCCCUCAACACUCUUCAGCUAGAGUGAGGGGAGUGUAAAAAUAGCUCUGUUCCUGUCUGCAUGUGGGUUCAUUUCCUUUGGAGGUUGGUCUUUGCCCAGAUUUGUUGUUUUUUAUAGGUGAGGGUGAAUGCUUAUUUGCCUUUAGGUAACUUCGUCUGCUGUCCAAAAUAGCUUUGCUAACAUUCUUCCUUGCCUCGUGGACAUGCCUGGGGUCACAAUUUGAGAGAGGAGAUGAUGACUCGGUUGCAGAAGCUUCUGUGUGUCACGUACCUGUCUUUACCAGAAGGGCUUUCUGUGAUGUCCAGAAGAAUCAGGCCAGCGCCAGUGAGCAGUUCCAGAGGUCAGCCACGCCCUUCGCAGCAUUGAAUACAGCCACCCUGCCCAGACAACUUGAUUGCAAAGGAGAGGGUUCACUGUCACUUGUACAGGAAAUUGACUUGGCACUUUCCCUGGUAUGAAAUGUUUAUUCACCUUCCCCAAGUGCCAUACUCCCCAGAAUUGGCGGACGGUGUGAGAGUCAGCACAGUAUUUAGCCGUGGCCUUGCUUUCCCUGACCUGUGUAAGCAUUUCUUCUCGGUUCUAAUAUGAACUCAGUUAGCAGAAGCCCUGAGGUGAGACAGGGCUGCCCCAACCCUUCCGGCAAGAAUAUUUCAGUUAGCAUGAUCAGGGUUCCUGUGCUGAUGUGAAGUUUGCAAAGGGGGGAGUCCUACCGGACGGUCCACUAGGAAAAAACCAAAACAAAGCAUAGCAAAACCUUGGUGGGAAGUGGCCACCAACCUCCUUUCGGAGAAUGAAGAGUUACGGAGCGCUAGGGAAGAGCUGCGUGGGUUUUCUAACAACUGUAGCAAAACCCGCCUCGGUUCGCUGUGCGCCCCAGAACUCUAUCACACUGUUUGAUUUUCUUCCUUUCUUUCUGUCUGAGGUAACCAGGAAUUGUGUUCAAAAUGAGUUCAUCUGUGAGCAGGCUUAAAGGUUGCCCAAGAUGAGGCCAUUUUCCCUCUAGUCGUGAAGCAAAAUGUGUUUUUCUGAAGACUUCAUAGACACUUUUACAGGGUCUGUACAGUCUUUUUUAAUAUAAUUGGAAGCUUUGAAUUCUUGAGAGCAGACCUAUUCUCUUCAUAAAAAAUGCUAACCACCUGUGUUCAUGUAGCAAGAUGAUGCUGUACUUGAUCCCCCAACACACCACACACACACACACACACACACCUAAGAGGACCAUUAUGGAGUAGACAGGAAAUGCAAAAUCCACCAGAGAAACUGUGCUUGUGGAAGGAGGCCAGCGCCUGUAUAUGUUGAGAUAAAUCAUUUAUUAUUGUGUAAAUAAAGGUGUAGUCUCUGUGUCGGAAGGGUGGGAUUUGGGCCGAACAAACUAGAGCAGCAGAGGAGAAGGGCCGGAAGCUUCUGCCAGCUGUAGGGACAGCUCAGCAAGAACCUCCUAUUGUGAUAGCCGAGUGAGUUCUGGGCAUUCUGCUGUGUAAAAGAAACCAUUCAAAUGCAAGGAGACAACCACCGGCAUCUGCCCACGCCUCUGGUGGCCUCCUUGGAAGUGGGGCUCCUCCUCUGCGGCCUUCUAAGCUGUCUGCCCAAGUUUCACCCUGCGAGCAGGGUGGAGCUGAGCACUGACGCUUGGUGGCCCCUGAGCACGUCCCUGAAACCUGUGCUCGCACAGGAGCAGACAAAGGAGACUGGAGGGCGCCUUUGCCAGUCACCCUCAGUGGCUUUCUCCGCAGAGUUCUUUUGUUUGGGGCUGUGGCCGUGGUUUGGGGGGUGGAAAUCUGUGAACAUAUAACCCUCGGACGCAGCAGCUCCAUCCCCUCCCCUAGAGAGUGGCCACCUAGAAAGUCCCCUGACGACCUUCUGUCCUCCCGAUGCCACAGGAAGAACACCGAGCCACCUCGGGGCUGGGGCAGUGCCCUGCCUCCCUGCCCGACCAGGGAAGGGAGAGAGCUCGCAAACCUGUGUCGACGGUUCUAGGUUCAUAUUAUGUAGGCUUCCGUUGUGGAAUAUUUCUGAAGUUGGGAGCCUUUGUUUAAAAGUGUGUGGGAGGUAGGGGAAGAUGAAAUGACAGUAUGAAGGAGGAGGAAGAGGAGGAAGCCCUUGCCAUAUAAAAUUCAUGCAGACUAAACAGUUUCUGGGACAGUAUAAAUAAAGCGGAUGCAACCCCACUUCAGAAUCAAAAGCAAUUUAAUUAAAGUCUCUUAAGUUGUAAA